AUGAUUUCUGAAAAAUCAGGACUUGUAGUCCCUGUUGUCCUAUGGGGGCCUAAGCCCCCUCGAAGUCGAAUCAAACAAAUUUCAUCAAUACGAAAUGGCAAAAUAAUUCUGACGGGAAGUGAAGAUGGAAUUGUAAUGCAAUGGAUUGUAGACGAAUCACUUGGAUGGAUCCAACCACAAAUGGUUAUGUUGGCCCACAAAACUUGUAUAAGCUGUAUAUCUCCUAAUUCGACAUCUGUUUCGGCAUCGAAGUUCAUCUCAUGUUCAGAAGAUGGGCAUAUUUGUCUUUGGGAUUCUGCUGAUGGACGGAUAAUAGAUAGUAUGAGAACGAAUUAUGUUCAUAGGAAAAUGAAACCCUAUGUAAGUUAUCUUUUGUCCAUUUGUCUGACAGAUUUCCUAAAAUUCUUGGAAUUUGCCCUCAAAUUUACGAAAUAUUUCCUUCUUUUCAAGGCUUGUAAAAAUCUCCACGAAAUUCUUUUUUGUGUUGGUGACUAUACCGAUGUUGUUGCAAUUCAUCCACAUGAUUUGAAUGUCCUCUAUACCCUCAAUUCGCGUGCUGAACCAGAUUGGCUGAAUUCUAUUACUUUGGUUAAACCAAACGACAAGAUUGACGUCCUAAUUGGUGUAUCUUUAUCUGGUGUUGCCAAACUUUGGUCCUUAAAUGAAUUAAAUAUGAAGGAUAACACAACAAAUAUUUUAUUUGAAGGAGAAUCGAAAUUUAUAGCACCUAGGAAUGUACAUAGUAUAACUUGUUCAGAGAAGAAUGUUAGAAUGAUGUUGGUUGUAUGUGCUAAUUCUUGGCAGGUUAUUGAUCCCAGCACCCUCGGCCAAUUAGUAGUCUCCGAAUGUGCUAUUGAAGCCCUGGAAGGAAUGAUUGUAGACAUUGAUAAAGUAGCUAUUGGAUUUGCUGAUUCAACAAUUGUUUUGUUUCAUAAAUUGGUUGGUCGACAGAUUCGUGAGCGUUUUGGUGAGAAGCCUUCAAACAUUGCUGGAAUUGAACAACCCUUUGUUUUUGCUCUUUUAAAAAGUGUUGCUUCUCCAAAUUUACAGCCUCUUCUAAACCCGGUUAAAUUUUUCUUCGAUUCAAAACUUUCUUCUGAUAAAACUCAUCGCCAAAUUACAUAUCGGUUGGAUGAACAAAGCUCUUCAAUCAGUUUUUGGCAUGUUCCAAAAAAUUUGGAAUUGUUGGUUAGCGAGUUUGUGAGAACACGACGUCCAAUAGGUUUGUCUUUUUUGUUAAAAAUUUCUAUAUUUUUUAAAGUUUAUGAACCAACGAUUAGACAGUGUCUUUCUGACGCUUGGAGUCGACUUUCCCCAACCCCUCCAGCAAUUGCUAAUUUUGAGUCUGGAUCCACCAUCCAAGCCACUAUUUAUGUGUCUACACAAGAUAAAUUGUUUCUUGGAAGAAGUGACGGUUCAAUAAUGACUAUGAGUGCUUGUCAAGUAAUAAUGGUUGCAUUAUUGGAUGGUUACAAUAACGAAUCCACCCAAUUCAAAAUACUCCCAAAUGGUCAUUCUAGUUCGGUGACUUGUUUUCUUUAUCCUUUUGCUGAAAGCAAUAGAUAUGAUCCAAAUUUAUUACUUUCUGGUAGUGCUGAUUUUUCUGUUAUUGUUUGGAAUGUGACAAAUGACGAAAGGCUUCAUCGUUUUUCUUCACAAGGGGGAACUAUUACUCAAUUGCUUGUUCCACCAGUUAAUUGCAAUACAAAAUUACUGGAUUGUGUGUGUUGUAUUGCUGCAGACAAUUCUGCAUGUUUUGUUAGUUUAAAAAAGCUUCGAUGUGUUCUUCUUGCUAGCAGACAACAAUUUCCUAUUGUUGAUAUUCGUUGGCGUCCUUUAAGUGAUCAAAUUUUGUUAAAAUGUGAAGAUGAUUCUGUUUAUGUUUGGAAUAUUGAAACAGGUGUACUUGAUCAAGUAAUAACUGGAUUAGCUUCUGAUGAGAUUUUGAUGAACUCUUCUACUGAUGAGCAACUUGGCUUCGGAUCAGAAGAUGAAAAUUCUUUUGGCACUGCUUCACAAACAGCUGUUCAAAUGCUUCGGGCACUUAAACAAAAGGAUAUGGCAGCGAUGAAAAAAAUAAUUGCUGGACAACAUGGAACAGACAAAGAAAAUGAAGAUGAUUUAUCUACUAUUAAUAAUAAUAAUACAAAUUUACACCUCAUAUCUCCUCCCUUAGAAAUUGUACAAAUGUCUACAUGUUCGGAUACAACACAUUUAAUUUUAUUUGAUGUUAAUGCAUUAAUAAAUGGCCUUCUUAUACUCGAUUCAUGUGAUGAUGAAAGAGAAAAUUUUGAUAAAGAAAGAAUUAGCAUAAUAGAUACAAUAACAAAUUAUAAUUGUGAUUCAAAACAUCAAAAUGGGUUGUCAAAUUCAAAUUAUUUAUCAUUAAAAGAAUUGUCAACCAAUAAUUCUUUAAAUGGAAUUUCUUCCAGUAAAAAUAAUAAUAUUUUAUUACAACAACAACCUUCACUUUAUUUGGAUACUGCAAAACUUUUAAUUUCACUUUUACAUGCAUGGGAUAAUGAUGAAUCUGUUGAUGAUAUUGCAAUAAAUAGUUUAAAAUUGUCUAAACCAAAAAUACCUCUAUGUUUUGGUACAAUUUCUAAAGGUUAUGUUUCUCUCUACACACCAUAUUCUUCUGGAAAAAUUCCAGCAUUAGACGAUUUUUCUUUUAAAAGUUUUUCAAAAAAUAUACAUUGGCAAAUGAGUAAAACAUUAACAACAAUUCAUUUACUUGCAGUUGUAUCACUUUCAAAUACUUUAAUGGCUUUGAAAAAUCGUUAUUAUUAUAAUUCUAAAAGGAUGUCUUUAAGACGUUCUCCUUCUUCCAAAUCAACAGAAGAACAAUUAAGUGAAUGUGAAAGUCACAAAGUUAAACAAAGUUGGUCAAAUAUUGCUGCAUUACAUUGUAUUCUUUUACCUGAAAGAAUAAAACCUAAAAAUUCUUAUGCUUCUCCUAAACUUGAUAUGCUUGCAAGAAAAUGGCAAGACAGUUGUAUUGAAAUUCGCGAUGCUGCACAAGCUCUUUUAAUUAGAGAAUUGAAUCGACUUGGUCCAGAAGGCCGUCAACAAUUAAUCAAAAAAUGGGCCAAUUUUCUACCUGUAUUACUCGAUCAAUCAAUUUCUAUUUUUUCAACACAAAAUGCUUCGACUACAAAUCCACCUUCUAAAAAUUUGAAUAAUUCCGCCAAUAUCGAAUAUAAUCCAACAGAAUUACAACAAUUAGACUCCUUAUCAGCAAUUUCAAGUACAAGAAUAUCUUCAGCAUCAUCAGUAUCUUCUUCAAAAAGUCCACCACCACCACGUCCAAGUGUUCCACCAAUACCUCCAAGAUCAUCAAAUUCUACACCUUUACCACAAGUUUUGCCUUUAACAUCUAUUGAAGACAAUAAUUCUUCUUCUUGUGAUUUUUCAACAACUACAGCAACAACAACAAAUAAUUAUUCACAUAAAAUAUGUGUUAAUCAAAGUAGUAAAAGUACUUCAACAAUUAGUGGAGGAGGAGAAGGAGGGGAAAAUAAUACUAAUAGUGAUGUUACUGAACAAACAACAACUAUUGCUUUCGCUUCGUCUUAUAAUACUUCAACAGAAAAUCAACAACAAUUGGAAAAUUCUUCUACAAUACUUAAUGAUCAAUUAUAUUUGGGUGGAAUUAAUCAAAUACGCAGAAAUCAGGCAACAGCAAUUAUUCUUCUUGGUGUUAUGGGUGCUGAAUUUCCCAAUGAUUUACAACGCCAUUUGGAUAUUUGCCGUGCUACAGCUCAUUCAUUAUUAGAAUUAUUGUUAUCACCUACAACUGUUUAUCCUCCACUUUUAAUUCCUCAAAAUUCACUUUUGAGAAGAGCAGCGAUAGAUUUAUUGGGAAGAGGAUUUGUACUUUGGCAGCCUCAUCUUGAUUUGCCAAAAAUGCUUAUUGGAUUACUCAAUUUAGCUGCAGAGUGCGAAAGGCAUUUGCCCGCUGGACCUCUGCCAUCUGGAGUACAACUCUCACCUGAAGCUGAUGCUUGUCGUACAGCCAGACAUGCUUUAUCACUUAUUGCUUCUUCACGACCUCAAGCAUUAAUUACUGCACUUAAUAUGGAGGUAAUUCGUUAUAAUGCAGUAGCUCAACAUCAAACAAUUCAACAUCCAAUACCCAGCCCUUUAACAAAAUCAAGAAAUGAAGUACUUAGGCUUUUAGAACAAUUAUCAGAAAGGCAAUACAAUUUUGUUGUUGAUUUAAUUGUACAGGUUGGAGAUAUUCUAGUCCAUUGCCUUGAUUUGUCAUUACUUAAACAACGUUCUAUAACAGAUUUAUUCCCUCCUAUUGCAAAAUUUUAUAUGGUUACUUAUUGUCCAACAACACGUCGAUUAGCAUUUGGUGGAAAGAAUGGAACUAUAGUUAUACAUGAACUUAGAUUAUCUAAAUCACAGUCAGUUAAAGCCCACAAUGUUCCAAUCACUGCAUUAGCAUUUUCUGAAGAUGGAAAAUAUUUGGCAGCAUAUGCUGCCCAAGAAGCAAAAAUAAGUUUUUGGCAAACUCAACAAACAUUUUUGGGAAUGGGACAAAGUCAAGUUAGAUGUGCUCGAAUGCAAUCUGCUCCAGGUGAAUUUCCAGUAAUAAGUCCUGGUGGAAGUUAUCAAUUAUUUCGUGCAAGGCUUGUUUGGAUUAAUUCAAAAUCUUUGACAUUAAUGUUACCAAAUGGGAAAGAAAAUAGAUUUAGUGUUUGA